AUGGUGAGAGAAGAUGACAAGGUGAUCCCGGUGCGUGUGGCCCUGCGCUGCCGUCCCUUGGUGCCGAAGGAGACCAGCGAAGGGUGCCAGAUGUGCCUGUCCUUCGUGCCGGGGGAACCGCAAGUGGUUGUAGGUAACGAUAAGUCAUUCACCUAUGAUUACGUGUUCGACCCUUCUGUUGAGCAAGAGGAAGUCUUCAACACAGCUGUUGCCCCUCUCAUACGAGGCAUCUUCAAAGGGUAUAAUGCUACUGUCUUAGCUUACGGACAGACGGGAUCUGGAAAAACGUACUCUAUGGGAGGUACCUACACUGCCAAUCAAGAGCAUGAACCUAGUGUGGGGGUCAUCCCUCGGGUAAUCAAACUGCUGUUUAAGGAGAAGGAGCAAAGGCAGGAUUGGGAAUUCGUCCUCAAAGUUUCUUAUCUAGAGAUCUACAAUGAGGAUAUUCUAGACCUGCUGUGCCCAUCAAGAGAGCGGUCUUCUCAAAUUAGUAUACGGGAAGAUCCGAAAGAAGGCAUAAAGAUUGUAGGGUUAACAGAAAGAAAUGUCACCUGUGCCCAAGAUACUGUAUCCUGCCUAGAGCAAGGGAACAAUUCCAGAACAGUGGCCUCCACGGCAAUGAAUUCCCAGUCCUCACGGUCCCAUGCCAUCUUCACCAUUUGCAUUGAUCAGAAGAAGAAAAAUGACAAGAACAGUAGUUUUCACUGCAAGCUACACCUCGUUGAUCUUGCUGGCUCUGAGAGACAAAAGAAGACCAAGGCUGAAGGAGACAGACUAAAAGAAGGCAUCAACAUAAACAGAGGUCUCCUCUGCCUGGGGAAUGUAAUUAGUGCUCUCGGUGAUGAAAAUAAAAAGAGUGGGUUUGUCCCCUACAGAGACUCAAAGUUAACAAGACUACUGCAAGAUUCUCUGGGUGGUAACAGCCAUACUCUCAUGAUUGCCUGUGUAAGCCCAGCGGAUUCCAAUCUAGAAGAAACUCUAAAUACUUUGCGUUAUGCUGACAGAGCAAGAAAAAUAAAAAAUAAACCAAUUGUCAACAUUGAUCCCCAGGCAGCUGAGUUGCAUCAUCUAAAGCAGCAGGUACAACAGCUACAGGUGUUACUGCUGCAGGCCCAUGGAGGGACCCUCCCAGUGUCUAUCAAUAGUAUGGCACCUUCUGAGAAUCUUCAGUCCCUGAUGGAGAAGAACAAGUCACUAGUGGAAGAGAAUCAAAAGCUGAGCCGAGGACUGAGUGAGGCUGCUGGUCAGACAGCACAGAUGUUGGAGAGGAUCAUUCUGACAGAACAAGAAAAUGAGAAGAUGAAUGCCAAACUGGAGCAACUUCAGCAGCAUGCUGUAUGCAAGCUUGAUCUGCAGAAGCUGGUAGAGACUGUGGAAGAUGAGGAACUAAAAGAGGACGUCGAGGUGAUUCGCAAUCUGCAGCAAGUGUUGGCUCAGUUGCAGACCGAAAAUGCUGCCAGAAUGGAAGCUGCUGCAGAGAUGGCAAACUCUGAACAGGAUGCUACAGCUGAAGCAGAAAUGGGCCAGGAUACCAAGAGAUCCUCAGAUGACUUCACCACUCAACAUGCCCUUCGUCAAGCGCAGAUGUCCAAAGAGCUGCUUGAAUUGAAUAAAGCCCUGGCUCUGAAAGAGGCACUUGCCAAAAAAAUGACUCAGAAUGAUAGUCAGCUGGAGCCCAUUCAGUCCCAAUACCAGACUAAUAUCAAGGAUCUGGAAUUAGAGGUCAGCAAUUUGCAAAAAGAAAAGGAGGAGUUGAUUCUUGCUCUGCAUAUGGCGAAGAAGGAUGUCAACCAAGCCAAACUGAGUGAACGGCGUCGGAAAAGACUUCAGGAGUUGGAAGGGCAAAUUAACGAGCUGAAGAAAAAGCUGAAUGAGCAAUCAAAGCUCCUAAAGCUGAAGGAAUCUACAGAACGCACUGUCUCCAAACUGAACCAGGAGAUCAGGGAAAUGAAAAGCCAAAGGGUACAGCUGAUGCGCCAAAUGAAAGAUGAUGCUGAGAAAUUCAGGCAAUGGAAACAACAGAAGGACAAGGAAGUGAUCCAGCUGAAAGAACGGGAUCGCAAGAGACAAUACGAGCUACUUAAGCUAGAACGAGAUUUUCAGAAGCAGGCCAACGUACUUCGGCGCAAAACAGAAGAGGCAGCAGCUGCUAACAAGCGCCUGAAGGAUGCUCUGCAGAAGCAACGAGAGGCUGCGGAUAAACGGAAGGAAAGUCAGAAUCGGGGAAUGGAAGGAGUUGCUGCACGAGUAAAAAGCUGGCUUGCAAAUGAAGUAGAAGUUCUUGUUAGUACUGAAGAGGCUCGACGACACCUUGCAGACCUUCUGGAAGACAGAAAGAUCUUGGCACAGGAGCUCCUUCAGCUUAAAGAGAGGAAAGAGGCUGGGGAAAACCCACCUCUAAAGCUCCGGAGACGCACCUACUCCCUCACAGAUUUGCAGGCAUCAGAGAUGGACCUGUCCAUAUCAAAGCAGAUAGAAAGCCUGGAAACGGAGAUGGGGCUCAGGAGUGCCCAGAUAGCGGAUUUACAGCAGAAACUCUUAGACGCAGACAAUGGAGAUCGCGCAAAACAGCGUUGGGACACUAUUGCAACAAUUCUAGAGGCUAAAUGUGCUUUGAAAUAUCUCCUUGGAGAGCUGGUCUCCUCAAAAGUGCAGGAAAGCAAGUUGGAGAGCAGCCUUCAGCAGAGUAAAGCCAGCUGUUCAGACAUACAAAAGAUGCUGAUUGAAGAGCGAAACCACAUAACAGAGAUGGAGGCUGAGUUCCAAAAUCAGCUUUUGGUGCAGGAACAACACCACCAGGAAAAGGUUCUGUACCUGCUUAGCCAAUUUCAGCAAAAAGAAGCAGCAGAGAAGAAAUUGGAAGAUUCACUAAGUGAGCAGGAGAAACAACUGCAAGAGCGACUCAAGUUCCAGGAGGAGGAGCUGGCGAAAAUGAGGGAGGUCUGUGAGAAGAACCAAGAACUUCUCCGGGAAAAUGACACUCUUAAACAGAAACUGCUGCUCCUCCAAGUUGCCAGUGGACAGAAGCUCCAUCACAUUCAGCAAAUGCCAUCGGAGUCUCCAGAUUCUUCUUUUGAUUACAUUCCACCCAAACCAAAGACUCGCCGGCAAACGACAGCAAAACCCCGUGCACUAACCCCAGAAAUGGAUGUAGAAGAGCUGUUUUCUGACUCGGGAGAGUCUGAUGGGGAGGUGGAGGAUGCAGACUGGGUUCCAGUAAAAGCAGUCAAAGGAACAAAGAAAAGUGUGAUGGGGUGCUCCUGCAAGGGCCGAUGUGGAAAUAGACAGUGUGGCUGCAGGAAGCAGAAGGUGGGCUGCACUGAAGGCUGUAGCUGCGACUCUGCAAAAUGCAGAAAUAGAGACCCUGGCUUUCCGGAUGCCACGGUGUGUGAGGACCACACAAGGGACUCAGAAGGUUCCUUCAAACUUGAAGACCCCACUGAAGUGACUGCAGGAGAGACCUUCUUUCAGCCUGUGUGCAUCACACCAACCACAAAGGUCCUGAAAGAUAUCACAGACCAAGAUGUGUUCAUGAAGAAGCCCAGCACUGCUGCUUCCCUGCUCGUGAGAGAUGAGGAGUCCCAAGAGAACCAGAUACCAUUUGUAAAGAGAAAGAAGAGAAUGCUGAGUAGCAAUACCAGCUUCUUCUCAGGUUGCACCCCUAUCAAAGAGGAGCUUGACUGA